CAAGGUCACCUCUACCUACUCUAAAAAAUUCAUUCAGGAGAAAAGGUUUUGGGAUUAGCUUGCUAUUAAAUAAGAAAGAAAAACAAAUAUUAUAUUUCUGAAUUAUAUUGUGACUUUGCAAGCUGUUCAAGUCGUGUUAUAUAAACGACUGCACAAACAACGUAUAAUUAUUGCUUACUAUAAUUUUUACUCUUCCAUUGCUUAUUUUAUACCCUCAGAAACCUUAAUCUAGUCUUACAUACUAUUGAUUUAGACCUUGGAUUGCUAAAAUGGAUUUGUCGUCCAGAAUUUCAGAAUCUCGCUCUUCGAGAAGAGGUCGAGAUUCUCGAGAUGAAAAUGGUGGACGUAUGGACAGAUACUCCUCGCGUGACAUAGAGCGAAGCUAUUAUCGAGACGAUCAUCGACGUCGACACCGAGAAGAUCAUGAUUACCGACGAAACAGAGAGUAUAGAGAGAGAAGUCCCCGUGAUGAUGAAAGAUCAAAGAGGAGACGUUAUGAUGACCAUGAGUAUCAUUCUUCAAGGUAUUCUUCUAGACGUAGAAGCGUGAGUCCAUCUUCAAGUAGGUCUCGUACUCUGCAAUCUAUAGAACGCGAAUUAGAGCAACUUAGGGAUGUGAAGCCAAUCAAUGAAUGGGUUCGUCAAAACUCUCAAUGGGAUAUCAAACCUCCUGGUUAUGAGUUAGUAACCGCUGACCAAGCUAAAAUGUCUGGUUUAUUUCCUCUUCCUGGCGCACCUCGUACUGCUACUACUGAUCCUGAAAAGCUUCUUGAGUUUGCUCGAUCGGCAGCAGGAAGUAUCAUGGCGCCACCUCCCCCUUUGCAACCUGGUGCUAGUCGUCAAGCUCGAAGAUUAGUCGUUUCCAAUCUUCCGUCAGACUUUGACAUAAAUACAUUCAAGCCAUUUAUCGAAGAUUUGUUUAUAUCCACAACGUACCAUAAACCAGAAACUAGUCAUUUUUCGAAUGUUUUUUUUUCCAAAGAAGAUAAUUCUGCAAUUUUAGAAUUAUCGAAGCCGGAAGAUGCCACAUUUUUAUGGGGUUUACAUACCGCUCAAUAUGCACCUGAUAUACUGAUAAGUUUUAACAGAAUUAAAAACUACAUUGUUCCACAAAUUAUGCCUGAGACUGCAAACCAAAGAAGUUUGGAUUUUACGCAAAAUGAAGUAUUGGACUCAAAAGAUAAAAUCUAUUUCACCAACUUCCCUUCUAAUUUGAGUGAACAGAACGUAAUUGAGUUAUUCAAACCGUUCGGAGAGUUAUUGAGCUUUCAAUUAAUAAAAAAUGUUGCUGACGAAUCUUCUAAGGGUUUUGGAUUUUGUGAAUACCGUAACUCUGAGGACGCAGGGAAGGCGAUUCAAAAUUUAGACGGAAUGGAAUUUAACGACAAAAAAAUAAAGGUUGGUUUUUCCUGUGUAGGUUUGAAUCAAAAAAUACCCGAAAGCAAUGUGGGAAUGGUCGCUUUGACAGAAUUAGCCAAAGUGGAUCCCAAAGUUCAGGCUACACGUGUGUUACAAAUUCAUAAUGUUGUAACAGAAAACGAAGCUGCUGAUCCUCGAGAUUGUGAAGAAAUUCAAGAAGCCGUUUCUACUCAAUUUUCUAGAUUUGGAAAAAUUCUAGACAUAAAGAUUCCUCAACGAAAAGGUUUAUCUGACACUCCUUCCAUUGGCAUUGGAAAAGUAUACGUGAGAUUUGCUGAUAUCAAAUCGGCUGAAGCAGCCAUACAAGAGAUGCGAGGCUGUAAAUUUGAUGAUAGAACUAUUGUCCUUGCUUUUUAUGGUGAGGAUUGUUAUAAAGCAAAUGCUUGGUGAUAAUUUAGUAAUCUAUUAUUCCUUUAUGACCCAAAAAAUUACUGAUGGAAUCAUUUAUGAGUCAAAUGCUAUUGGUAGUACUAUAAGUUAUGAUUUUAGCAUUCUGGAAGCUACAUUUCAGUUCUAUUAAGCAACUAAAAUAGCUAUAUGGUAAGGUUAAUAAAACAUGUUUUUGUCCAAAAAAUAAACGUAUCAAUCACUCUCCUCGGCGCUUUCACUACUGCUACUUUCUUCUAUAUCUGCAGGGGUAUUGUUGGUAAACUCUUUAGGCCUAACAAUUGUUAGCUAUUCAUAUAGAUUAUGAAAAAACUUACCAAUAAGGUUGCUUCUCCCAAAUUUUCAAUGGGUUUUGAACCACGUAUGCAAUAGAACCGUCGAUUUUGUUGUUUUGGUCUGUAAAUUCAGACUUAUCUAUUACAACAUAUCCACCCCGUUUAAUCCAUGCUUUGUUUCGAUAUUUUGCAGGCAUCUCAACGAGUAGUUCUCGUCCAUUGGCUUCACAAACCGUAAAUAAUGCUGAACCUCUGAGUUGCAAUACUUUAGCAACAACUUGAUCCUUGUCUAAGGAUUCAGGAGGAUCAAACGACAGAUGACUUAAAGCUUUCUUUGACAUUUUUUAUUUUCGUAUUAUACUUCUAUUAGAGUGACCUUAUUUAGUUGAUUUUAGAAUGUACCCAGUACUGUGUAGUGACCUUGACAAUAAAUACUGUAUUUACCUAAUUAUAUCUGACAAAGGCUAAAGAAC